AUGCUAUAUAAAGAACAGCACUGUUUGACCUUGAUCCAAGUUCGGCGAACAGGCCAACAACCGAGCAGCGAACCCGAGCUACCUACAUUCCGCAACAUUGCCAACACAAAAGGUCCUCAACCAAAGCCUCUGACUCAAAAGCCUAGCCGCAAGGCAGCGGUGUUGGGUCGGAAAUGGAAGUACAUUACCAUUUUCACGGAACACGUCGCCACACAUGUUCCAACCCUCAACCUGGAGGGUCAGGAUACUGUGUUCGUCAGACCUCUACCCAUUGACCAACCUGGUAUGACAGACUCUCCAUUAUCUGACCCUGGCUCAUUUCCACCCUUUGUGUGGUUCUGCAAAGAGAACUCUUCGAGGAAUUCGGUCGACAUGUAUACGGAGUACGUAGCCAAGUCAGCGCAGCCUAUCCCGUGUGACCAGUUCAUCUCGCGUGGGCGAGCUAUUUCUUCCAAAUACCAUUCGAGAUUGUUUGCAUUAUCAAGACAUCAGAUCCAAGAAGAGCUAUGUCAUCUGCAUACUCGAUAUCUGUGGGCGGACGCCCCGGAAGAACUUCGACCCCGCACGGAUUAG